UUCCCCCCAUUUCCCUCUGUAACCCUGUUUUCUCUCUACUUUCGCACUCAAUUUUCCCGAGAAAAUGCGUGAGAUUCUCCACAUCCAAGGCGGCCAAUGCGGCAACCAGAUCGGAGCCAAGUUCUGGGAGGUGGUGUGCGCCGAGCACGGCAUCGACUCCACCGGAAGGUACCAUGGGGAUUCCGAUCUGCAGCUGGAGAGAGUUAAUGUCUACUACAACGAAGCCAGUUGUGGCCGGUUUGUUCCUAGGGCGGUUCUCAUGGAUCUUGAACCAGGGACGAUGGACAGCGUCAGAUCUGGGCCGUAUGGACAGAUUUUCCGGCCGGAUAACUUUGUGUUUGGGCAGUCCGGCGCCGGGAACAACUGGGCCAAGGGUCAUUAUACGGAGGGAGCGGAGCUUAUCGACUCUGUUCUCGAUGUUGUGAGGAAGGAGGCUGAGAACUGUGACUGUCUACAAGGUUUCCAGGUUUGUCACUCAUUGGGAGGCGGGACCGGCUCUGGAAUGGGAACGCUGCUGAUCUCAAAGAUAAGGGAAGAGUACCCUGAUAGGAUGAUGCUAACAUUCUCCGUGUUUCCAUCUCCGAAGGUGUCCGAUACGGUGGUUGAGCCUUACAACGCCACACUAUCUGUUCACCAGCUUGUUGAAAAUGCAGAUGAGUGUAUGGUUCUGGACAACGAAGCUCUUUACGAUAUUUGCUUCCGUACACUCAAGCUCACCACGCCCAGUUUUGGUGACUUGAACCAUCUAAUUUCUGCCACAAUGAGUGGAGUCACAUGCUGCCUCCGCUUCCCUGGCCAACUGAAUUCAGAUCUUCGCAAGCUGGCAGUCAACCUCAUCCCAUUCCCAAGGCUACACUUUUUUAUGGUUGGGUUUGCACCUCUCACAUCUCGUGGGUCCCAGCAGUACCGUGCUCUUACAGUCCCAGAACUUACCCAGCAGAUGUGGGAUGCAAAGAACAUGAUGUGUGCAGCUGAUCCUCGCCAUGGUAGAUACCUCACAGCAUCGGCCAUGUUUCGAGGAAAGAUGAGCACAAAGGAGGUUGACGAGCAGAUGAUUAAUGUACAAAACAAGAACUCAUCCUACUUUGUUGAGUGGAUUCCAAAUAAUGUGAAGUCUACUGUUUGUGACAUUCCUCCAACGGGGUUGAAGAUGGCUUCAACAUUUAUUGGGAAUUCGACAUCAAUCCAAGAGAUGUUCAGGAGGGUGAGUGAGCAGUUCACUGCCAUGUUCCGGAGGAAGGCUUUCUUGCACUGGUACACUGGUGAGGGAAUGGACGAGAUGGAAUUCACAGAAGCUGAGAGCAACAUGAAUGAUUUGGUGUCAGAGUACCAGCAAUACCAGGAUGCAACUGCAGAUGAAGAAGGUGAUUAUGAAGACGAGGAAGAGUAUCAGGAGGACGAGGCAUAAGCUUGCUUGAUCAUAGCAUGCUUAUUGAAUUUGAAUGUAGGGAGGUUCUUUAUUGAUGCUGAUAAUACCCUUUUGGAUGUUUGUGGUUGUGGAGUGGCUUUGGUGCAAUUUUGCAUUGAUUGUUUGGGAGGUGUGCGUAGUAUUUUUCUUCUUGGGUUUGCUGUUUUCACAAUAGAGUACUGGGUUACUUGCA